AGUCAGUCGCGCGGCAACCACCAUGUCUUCCUGACGCUUCGCUCUUGACUAUUUCGCAGUGUCAUAACCGAGAACUAUAAGACAUUAGUGACUGGUGGAAUGACACAAAAACUUUUAAAUUAGUCUCGAAAAUUACUAAAUGUAGUGAAAAAACUGUAGUGGGCUAUCCGUAUGGGCAUUAUUUCCACUCGACUGUGAUAUUUCAUAAUCAUUCCAUGUUUGACAUUUGUUUUGAGGGUAUUUUGAGUAUUUUAGUUAAGCACACUGGUAACUACACGAAUUACAUAUUCUAGUGAUACUGGGGAUAUAUAAACGGUAUAUCUGCAACGUAGGACGCUAGUCACUGUGACAGUAACCAGACCAAACUUUUGUCAGCAAGAUUUACUGGACAGACUACUGACCUCUCAACUACUACCAGCAGCUGGUGCACACAACACUUGCUUUGCGGAACUGAUACGUAUUGAAAGCACAUGUACGGUACACCACAGCACGUACUACAUGUCUUGAAAUCACGGGAUAGAGAAAAGAACACCUACUGAAAGUACAAAUUCCACGGUAUUUGCCACGUACUGAAAGCACGUGGUAAGACAUUGGCUACGUGUUCCAUGGUACUUGCCACGUGUUGACCAUCGUCUACUGCGUGGCCUGUGUUGUGUGACAAAGACGAACUGCGUGAACAAGUUUUACCCGAGUUACUGGAUUUGGGGAAGCUUAAGUGAUCACGAGAGUAAUGUGAGAAGCAUAAUAUACUGCUAUAAAUUUAAGGGCUGACUUAAGACAAGGAAACUAUUUUAAGUCAACAUGUUAAUAUUAGGUGCGUGACGACUAUUGGGGUGCGUGGGGCAGUAGAGCGAGUGAUUAAGCCCGGCUAUCUUGUAAUAAAGAUUCCGUGUCAGUGUAUCCACAAUGAGCGAGAAGAGCGAGGUGAGCGACGUGCCCUCCGUCGGCAGUGGCAUGAAAGUGAACGUUAUGUACAGAGGUAUCGUGUAUCGGGUGCGAGGCAUCAAGGUCCUCUGUUCCGUCGUCUCCGCCGUCAUCCUCUUACUCGUCGCCAUCGUCGGCCUUGGCGUCUGGAUGCUGGUCAGUGCCUACGCCGAGGAGAAGGUAGACCCCUUCGGUGGUGAUUUCAAUGGAACGGCGCCGAGGCUGACGCAAAUUGAGAAAGGCAAAGGCACAGAUCAGCCCACGUCAACGCCCUCAACAAUUGAUUUUAACGCCCCGAGUGUAACGCUGAGGGAAAUGUCGAUAGCAGCAAGAGUCCCAAUAACCCCUUCUAACGAGGACCCAGUUAACGAGGCUGUCGGGCACUUCCAGGGUGUGACGCCGGUCAAGGACCUUGUAGCAACGUCCCGCUACCCGGGACCAGACCCUAACUUCGGUCUCUUCGGUGGCCUGCCGGAGCAGGAACACGCAUACUCCGAGGGGACCACAUCUGCUGCAGAUGCAAAUUCUGAACCCUGGCACCCCAUGGCUGAGCCUGAUGAUUACGACAGUCAAGUAGGGCUCUCAGAGAAUAGACCCGUAGUAGUCCCAAGUCCCUCAGAUGAUUAUAGUGAGUACAGUGACAGAAUACCAGAUUACGUUCCCAACAACAACAGGAGAGUCAUAGACGAUUACCCCGGGGAAAACCUCCCCAAAUAUCCCUUACAUGGCGGCCUUCCCGACAAAAUACCCCGAGACAUUGACCCUGCCUUGUUAGACAUGGGACUACCAUUUCCCUACCCGCCAUCCCUCCCUACAAUAGGACCACCCAAGACACCCAUCAAUCCCCGCUUCCCUGGAGGCCCCCAGCGUGUGCCGCCGGGGAUCCGUCGAGGGCAAAACCCCACACGAUCUCCUUACUCCCGCCAACCCUACCAACGACGUCCUACCUAUGAUCGCCCACCACUGUACGACUACGACGACCCACCCGACUCAGACCGUCCACAUCCUUAUGCUAAUGACGAGGAACCCACCUUCAUCUCUUCACAACCUUACGACCAUGAUGACCAGCCUCCCUACGACCGCCCACAGCCUUACGCUAAUGACGCACAACCCGCGUACGACCGUUCACAAUCUAAUGGCCAUGACGACCAACUUCCCCACGACCGUCCACAUCCAUACACCAAUGACGAACAGCCUGCAUACGACCGUCCACAGCCUUACGCCAACAACGAACAGCCUGCAUACGACCGUCCACAGCCUUACGCCAACAACGAACAGCCUGCAUACGACCGUCCACAGCCUUACGCCAACAACGAACAGCCUACAUACGACCGUCCACAGAUUUACAAACAAGAUGAUCAGCCCGAUUACAGCCAGCCGACAUAUGACCGUCCACAACCCAACGACUACGAUGACCAGCUCAACGACUACUAUGACCAGCCGACUUACGACCGUGCACCUUACGACCAAGACGAACAACCACCCUAUGAUGGUCCACAACACGACAAGCCAGCCUAUGACAAGGACCAACUACAGAACGAGUCACAGCGAGUUUAUGACCAUUACUUUACUCCUUCAUUGCAGGACACUCGUAAACUCUACCAACCCUCGACGCUCCCAGAAGUACUAACCGUGACGUUCGAACAGUCGGACUCGUCCCCCGGCAUAGCAGGCCAUGAAGACUUCCAGCAGCGUACUCCCAACAGAGGCGGACAAACAUCAGGGGGCUUCACAUUGCCGCCAAGUUUUAAAAUGCCGCAAGGUAUCACUUUACCCCCAGGAAUGACGUUACCAAAAGACGUCACCAUACCAAACAACCUGAAGAGAUUCCACGAGUCCGCGGGUGGAGGUCCGAUACGUAGGCGGCCAGGGCCAGCAGGAUUCAUCGAUGAUAUGUUAUUUUAUUACAAUAAUCAUGAACGACCGACAUCAACUCUGCCACCUGCAAGCGAGACACAGUACAGCCAGAGGAAGGGGCUGACACAGGAGGAGGAGGAGGAGGAGGAGGAGGAAGAUACCAGGCAUUCGUAUACGAGACCCAAAGUGGUCGGCUCCGAUGACAGAAUACACACUAACGGACGCCGCCCUGUUGACCCCGCCUUCAAACACUUUCAGGAUGUUUAUAACAAUGAUGGCAAAGCACCGGCCAUACAUGACGACAGAGGACCCGCUCCUGGGGAAUCUCCUCCGAGAUGGAGACCAUCUCCACCAAGAAGACCCCCGCCUCACUUUAGUGGCCCACCACCAGGAAUUCGAGGUCCUCGACCCAACGGCCAAGGUUACCCCUUGCCCAUACGUCCAGACGCUGAACGACCUCCAGUACAAAUUCCGAAUAGGAAACUCUUGGUUGAACCGAAUCAUCGACCUCCUGCACAGACAGCUCCACGGCCUGAUCACUCUGCCACCACGAACCAUAGGCCUUUACUGGGGCCUCUAUAUGACAUAUAUGAAUAUUCUCAAAGGCUCGCAUCAACGUUACUAACCUUUCCCUCCCAUACAGAUAAUCGGUACAAUGAGUCUAGAGAAGAAUAUAUGCAAAAGGAGGUGGAACUAUUAGAAGAUUACAACAAAGUAUUCAAACAACCAAACACGACAAGCGCCGACGUGUUGCCAGAUAUGUUCGACGACAGACCCAGCAGGAAUGAGCGCCUCAUGCUCCUUGACUCUGAAAAACUUCGAUCUCUCACCCCUUUUGAAUUAUCCCUCAUUACCUGGACAUUUUUGGAUUUCUGGGAAUUCCUCAUCGAGAAAGUUGGCACCCUCUCCAAACAAGACCUCCACCUGUUAGAGACGCGACUGGAACGUCUGAGACAGAACAAAGAUCGGGUUUUGACUAAGAACUUUAUGACGGCAACGGUCAACCAGGUCUCUCAGGACACCGACAGGAGCCUGCCGGAUAUCUCGGAGGCGAUUGCCAUGGCGCACCAUCUUCUCGAGACCCUCCCACACGUGGAGGAAGUAGAGGGCGUCAACAGCACUGCCUCCCAUGACCAAGUCGAGGGUCGCAUGUGGAAUCCACUGGGGAUGUUCAGCUCUGAUGAACGUGUCAAAUUUAUGGAGUUUGCAAUCAAGGUACUGUUUAAAUUCGGUCGCGUGUACCUGACGAAGAAUUACGCACUGGACUGCAUGAUGCUUCUCUUCUGCAAGGACCUCAACGCCAACUCUAAGAAGGAUGGAAUGGAUGGCAUGGCAGCCAAAAUAAAAAGCGUGGGACUGAAGGUACUGACUGAACGUGAAAACCGUGAGAUGGACACCAUGUCUGAGAUCUGGCGUUCCCUCACCGCCUGGGAGACUCUGCAGUGUGACAUCAUGUUCCCCAAGUGUGAUGGACCUAAGGCCCUAGAAAUCGUCAAUGACGUGGCCCUGGGCUCCCGCAAGUAAGGAGACAUCAAUUUUCCUGAUGUCCUCCUUAUUCCUCUAUUGGGUGUAGAAAAAACAGUUUACUCGAAGGUCUAUGACCAAGGGUCCUUCUAAUGUGCCUGGUUCUACUACUCAGGAGGAGGACCUCAAAGAAGAUACUUGCUUGAGAGAUUUCUCUAAUCAGGGAAGUCCCUUGACGUGUACCCACCAAUACCCUCGACUACUCGACUAACAUAUCAAGUGGCGUGACACUUUCUUGGCUGAUCUGAGAAUAACUUACUCAACAAUAUUGAGUGGAACCUCACAGGAAAGUACCUGACGCUUACAAGUUACUGGCUAUCAGUGACUUCAGUGUCACUUCAUCUUACCUCAGUGGCCUUCAAACUGAAUGUUCAUAAUGCUAAACAUACUCAUAUGAUUUAUCGGUAGAGUUACUGCAUAAAUCAUAAGUUACAGGUGUUCCUCCUGUCAGUAAAUGAUAAGGAUAAAGUUAAAGCAAAGAAGGGUGUGAUAUAAAUUUUUGUCCUGAGAAAACAAUCGACAACUUGCAUAUUUGUAAAUAAUUAUCUUGGACUACUUGUCUUAUUAACUUCCUCUUACAGUAGCACAAAUCAUAUUCAUGUAAGGGGUUGUUAUGUGAUUUAUUGUGUUCACUUUCUUCUUCUGCUGAUUUGACUGUAGCAACCCCAGAUUUUUUCCCACAACUGUACAAAUGGUCACCACUGAAGCUCCUUCACCUGGAUGAGCGAAUGAUUUUUGUUGACAAGUUGUUCCCACGUUUAUUUAUAUUGUUAUCCUUGCCAGGGAUUUAUUUAUUGCAUUUUGCUACUAUUUAUUUGUUGUUAUUUAGCUGUAGAAAUUGUUAUUGCCCUGUUAAAUUGCCCCAAUAAAUGUUUGAUGUAU